CCAUCCCAUUCCCAUCCCAUCCCAUCCCCAUUGUGUCCAAUGGGGACCCGCUCCGGCCCCACCAUGCCAAGGGCGCUGGUGACCCUGCUGGGGCUGUGGGCGGGGCUAUGUCCGUGUCACGUGGUCGGGGUCAGGCCCCGCCCCCCCGGGGGCUCCGAGCUCGAGGCCGUGGUCAGCCUGGCCAAGGGGCUGCUGGGAGACACCAGAGCUCUGCUGGGGGUGCUGAAGUCGCGAUUCCCAGCGGAGGGGGAACAUAAACUGGAUUCACUUCCAGUGCUGUCAAUGAGUGCUCUGGAGCUGGGGAAUAUACAGGCGGCCUCUGCCCUGUCCCGGCUGAGCUCGGACCUGCUCCGGUACCGGCGUCACGUGGACUGGCUGCGGAGGGCGGGGCCUGCACUGCGCAUGCUCGAACCGGAGCUGGGGGCGCUGCUGGCGCGCCUGGAGCGGCUGGGGCGGAGCCUCGACCUGCUGCUCUCCCGUCUGAGCCUCCCCAAGCCCACCGCCCCCCAGACCCCAUUGCCAGCCCCAGUGUCCCCAUGGGCUGCGGUCCGAGCCGGUCACGCUGUGCUCCAGAGCCUCCACCUGUACCUGGAUUGGGCCUCUCGGGCCCUGCUGCUGCUGCGCAACAAACUCUGACCCUAUUUAUGCAUAUUUAUUAGCCACGCCCCCCUCAUUAAUUAUUAUUCAUUAAUUAUUGGGGGGGGGAGGGGGAGGAGCCUCCCCCUUUCCCCCCCCCCCCUUU